UAUUCAUAAUUUUUUUUUAACUAGAUUAAAUCCAGAUGAUUUUAUUGUGGAAGAAGAAUAUGAGGAUGAUGAUGAUCUAAGCCAGGAUGAAGCAGAUGAUUUUUCUGAUGCUGGUUCUGAUUUAAGUGAAACAUCAAGUCCAGAUAAUUCUACACAAAAACAAAAGAGUUGUCCAAAAUAUAUGGUCAAGAAAUUGGAAGAGUAUGAUGAUUUUUUUUCUUCUUUGGAGCAAAAUAGUCCAGAAAACUUAAAUACUGCCAAAGAGAAAAUAGAAAAGAAAAUGGAAGAGUAUGAAGAAGACCAAAUUGGGCCUUUAGAGGAUGAAGAGAUCUUUGGCUAUCUCACUGGUGAAAAUGAACAUAUUGAUUACUAUCUAGGAAAAAAGAAACUGCGAGAGGAAGAUCUUGAAAUAGGAAAAUGUGAUGAUACAUUAAGAGAGAAAAUUCUGAAGUACUCUGAGGAAGAUCAUGUAGAAAAGCUAAUUGAAAUUGUCACUGAACAUCCCGUUGAAUUCGACUGUGAAUCUAUUAUAAGUACAUAUUCUAACAAAUACAAUCAUCCAUCAAUAAUUAGGGAAGAAGGAAAGAUAAGAAAAAUAAAAAUACCCAAUAAUCCACUACAAAAGCAAUUAACGAAAAGCAAGCUAAAACAGUUAGAAUCAGAAUCCGAAAGUGAAGAAUAUUCAGAUGAUGAUGCUGUCUCUGUAGCUUCAACUAUAAAUAUAAGACCUAAAGGAGAAACUCCUGAACAAAGACUUGAAAGAAAAAAGUUCUUUAAACAAGUGAAAAGCGAAAAUCGGAAAUUGAAAAAAGAAAAUAAAAUUGCUUUCAAGAAUGAGAAGAAAUUCCAACAAACCCAAGCAAUGAAUGUUCAAAAUAACAGAGGAAUAAGAUUAUUCUGACAUCUUUUAAACCUGUAUAAAACUUGUUAUAAAUUGUUUUUAAUAUAUUAUAUCGUUUAUUAAGAUGGAA